UCCACUUUUCCAUAUAAAAAUCAGCGAAGUGGCUUCAGUGUCAGCUAGUCGCUUCAAGGCAUACGCCGCAUACUUACCGCCAAUAUGUGGAAAAUGUCGAAAUAUUUUCUCAUUGCCGUAAUUUUAGCCAUAUUCUACGUCGCUGGCAUUCAAGCGCAAACACCAAAUUGCACACCUAGAAUUGUCUCGCUACGCCGAGGCCAACGCGUUUGCCAAAGGAAUUGUCCACCGAGAGUGCCUCCAUAUCUUUGCGUAACAGCUACUAAAGACAUUCGUAUACCCGUCUGUCCAUCUGGUUGCUGUCGAGCUGGUAAUAUAUGCGUCCCUAUUAAAAGGCCAGGAUAAUUUUUAUGAUAAUGAAAAAUGAUUUUGAAUAUUCCAAAUA